GCGAUUUAGAUUCUCCUCGCGAUCACCAGGCGUCGCCAACGGUAAUGGCGUCCGGUCGAUAAUACGAUAGAGGAGGCGCUUUCUCGACUCUCGCGAAAGUCGGAGUAUCGAAGUAGUGGAAGUAUACGAUACGGGGUCCACGACGUAUCACGGAUCACGGAGCGAGCUGGCAGUUUUUCCUUCGCGCAGCGAGACUGGAAAAUCGUCCGGAGACCGGGGACGAGAACGCGCCGAUAGAGACGCGACGCGAGACGCGAGUGAGCGAGCGAUAAUAAUGUCGCGUUGGAUCGCGCGACGACGACGGGCCGCGUAAUCAAUCGCGGUAGAUUUUCCCGCGACAGCAGCGUCGUCCGAACAUGCGUGCGGUGCGGAACGACGGGCACCGAGCGACAACCGAGGAGGCUCCUUCGAGGAACUGUCAGGGGGAUCGUCGCCACCACCAUCGCCGCCGACGCCGCCACCACCGCCGUUACGCGUGAGUCAGUGCGAGAUCGGACGGAGGCGACGCGCACGCAAAAUGGCUUCGGGCGACAAUGUGGACGUGAUCGAAGUGGUCGAGACGACGAGCUUCCCCGGGUCGGCGACGCAGCCCGCGGUGGAUCAUCUCAGGCCGGACCAGUCCACCGCCGAGGAAGACUAUAAAUCGAUUGGAGAAAAAACAACAGCAUUUGACAGUUUACACGUGGUACAACAUGGUAUCACUGGCGGCAAGACCCCCGCGGGGGUGUCGAGAAACAAAUCAGAACGAGAGAGAAAGAUUGGGCAUCGAAGAGUUGGAGUGGGUGGUGAAAUCACAUAUAAAAAGAUUCAAACCACACAAAUUAUGGGAUCUAUUCAGUUGGGUAUACAGCAUGCUGUUGGUGGUCUUGCAAGUAAACCGGAACGCGAUCUGUUAAUGCAGGACUUUAUGACGGUGGAGACAACGAAUUUUCCCAGUGAAGGAUCAAAUCAUACUCCAGCCCAUCAUUUCUCGGAGUUUAAAUUUAAAAAUUAUGCACCCAUUGCAUUUCGUUAUUUUAGAGAUCUUUUUGGCAUACAACCGGAUGACUUUUUGAUGUCAAUGUGUAGUGCUCCAUUACGCGAAUUAUCAAAUCCUGGCGCUAGUGGGAGUAUCUUUUAUCUAACGGAUGAUGAUGAAUUUAUCAUAAAGACUGUGCAGCAUAAGGAAGGAGAAUUUUUACAAACUCUUCUUCCAGGAUAUUAUAUGAAUCUAAAUCAGAAUCCGAGAACACUAUUGCCAAAGUUUUUUGGGUUGUAUUGCUAUCGGUGUAAUAGCAAGAAUGUUAGAUUAGUGGCUAUGAAUAAUCUUUUACCUUCGUUUGUAAAGUUGCAUCAGAAAUAUGAUUUGAAAGGAUCUACAUACAAGAGAAAGGCAUCGAAAUCAGAACGUUCAAAGUCUUCACCGACAUAUAAAGAUCUAGAUUUUAUGGAGCAUCAUCCAGAAGGCAUCUUUUUAGAGGCCGAUACAUACGGUGCGUUAGUAAAAACUAUUCAACGGGAUUGUCGUGUAUUAGAAAGUUUCAAAAUUAUGGAUUAUUCUUUACUUGUUGGAAUCCAUAAUCUUGACCAGGCUGCAAAGGAAAAAACUCAAGAGCAAAGAUUAUCGGCAAGCGCUGAUGAAGAAGUUGGUGAAGUGGGUGAAACUGAUGGAUUUAUUCAAUCUGAGAAGGAAAAAGAUAGAGAAGAUAGAAUAGGCGCUGCCGCUUUGAACCGAUCACGCAGUAUAAAUCGUCAAAGAUUGGUUGCUCAUAGCACGGCAAUGGAAAGUAUCCAAGCUGAGAGCGAACCGAUAGAUGAAGAAGAUGACGUACCUUGUAAUAAAAUUCCUGCCAGGAACGCGCGCGGUGAACGUCUUUUGUUAUUCCUUGGUAUUAUCGAUAUUUUGCAAAGCUACAGAUUGAAAAAGAAAUUAGAACAUACGUGGAAAUCGAUGAUACAUGAUGGGGAUACAGUGUCGGUUCAUCGACCAGGAUUUUAUGCGCAACGCUUUCAGGAUUUCAUGGCCAAGACAGUAUUUAAGAAAAUACCAUCACUGGACCUGCCUGAGAUUAAGGGGAAUCACCGCAAAUUCCGUAACCUCGUCACCAGCUAUAUAGCCUUGAAGCAUUCCCCGUCGAAGAGAAAAAGUAUAAGCAGACCACUGAGGCCGCUGGAGGGUGAUUUCGACUCGACCGCGGUGGCGGCAACUGGAGGUUCGGCAAUGCAUGCUACAUCACCUACGAAGGCCGCAGUUAGCCUGCCCGACUCUGCGAUCAGCGCGACGAACGCGGCGGUCACGAGUGGUUCGGUGCCGAUCGCCACCUCGACCCCAGUUAAUCCCGCCGCCGGUCCGCUGAGUCCGCCACCGUUGACCUUAGCCGCCGGUCAGGUCCCGCAUCCGCACGAGCAUCCGCCUGGGGCCGCUCCCACGGUCAAGGUCACGACUUACCCAGCCGUGCUGAAGGGUAGAAGCGCGGCAAGUCCGCCGAAUCCGAACCUGGUGCCGUCCGGCAAGGUUCCGCCGCCGGUACCACCGCGGGGCACGGGCCCCUCGAGGACCGGCAGGUCCUCCGAGGAGUACCGGACGGCUGGCGGCGCCGCCUCGACGACGUCAUCGGUGACUUCCAGCCGAGGUGGCACCCUUCCUUCCACCUGUUCCACCCCGCCCCCGCCCUUUGACGACGCAGUCCGCUCGAACGACCAAACUCUGGCUUCCGGUGGUCAUCUUCAACAAGGCGGCGCAACCAUCCUCACGAGCAGCCUGAGCUCAGCUCAUUCCAAGCAAAAUAAGGUUGUUCAUCAUGUUACGCUCACCAAGACGUAUCACGACACUGUGAGGAAAAGGAAAAUCAUAUCGGACGUGCAUUUGGAGAGCAGCGGUAGCGGUAGCGGCAGCGGCGGCAGGGAAACCAAAUCAUCGCUGAGCGUCGAGAGCGGGGGUAGCAGUCGCGGUGGCGGCUGUCUCACGUGGACCCCACCGGCCGGAAGCGCCGAAGGCUCGACGCCAACAUGGACCGAGGGGACACCAUCCUUCACCGAGAGCUCCAGCAGCGGCGACAUAGGUUGUCCAACGACGCCGAUCAAGGGUAAUCAGCGUCAGGAUGACAGUGGAAGGAUCGCGGCCACCGUGGAAGAGGCAUUAGCAAGUCUCACGACCGAAAUGAGGCGAACCAGCCAAGAUGGACAGCAUCAAUUGGAGCAAAGCACAUCCUUUUCGUUUUAUCGUCAAAUCAGGACGAGUCUGAAGCGCGGUAACUCGAACCACGUUGCGGUGAUGAGGAACAUGCAAAGAGCAUUAAACGUUCGACGUCGAGCACCAUGACAUACGCAUGGUUCAUGGAUGAAUAUAAAUUAUUUUUUUAUAGACGUCCGUGAGAUUUUGAAAUCAAUAAAAUCAUAACAUAAUCAAAUCAUAACAUACGCAUAAAAUCGAGCACAUGCGUAACCUCAGAUCUGAAAUGUUAUCGAAUUAUAUCAAAGCAUACGAUGUGUUGUAAAAGUAAUUAUUAAUAAUCUUAUCAUGAAGCUGAUUGUAUAUAAAAAGACAAAAACGCAAAAUGUAUAUUGUUUGAUAUUUAAAUUAAUAAUAUUCUGAAUAAUGUGUGAUAUAUAAAGAUAAAAUAAUAUUGGAGAGACUUAUAAUGUAUUAAUUGAGGAAUCUACAAUUGUUCUUAUUAUAAUUGUCCUUUAGAUGUCAUUUGUAGAUACAACAAUAAUGCAAUCGAAAUACAUUCAUAAUCUCAACAAAAUAAGAUUGGAAACAAAAAACAAAUUAAAGAUGAAUGUACUUAACGAAUUCUCGCGAUUUUACCUAUUUAUUUAAUAUUAACACACUUCAUCUAAUUAAUUAUUUAUUUAUUAUCAAAGAUAUAAUGAACAAAAAGUAUUUGGCUUUAUAAAAAAAUUUAUAGUUGACAUACGUAUGUAAUUACUCGCAUAAUUCUAUGCGCGCUGCAUUUAUUUUAUCGGUGUGGACACGAUAAUCGCUGAGAAUCAAAAUCAAAUGAAAAAUUAUGUCGCAGACAUUUAUGAUGUUAUUUAAUCGUGCAAGUGUGCCAAGAAUUCGACAAAAGGCAAGUGAUUCAACGAAGACAUAUAUUUAUUAUGAUCUGUUAAUCCAUGCGUCUCUUCCAUUUCGGCAUUUGCUCGUUUUAUUCUGUCAUUUCAAAGUGAAUGAAUUCUUUUGAGCAUUACAUUUUAUCCUUCGACGAACAAUAUAAUUCGCAAAUUUAAUUAAUAUAUUAGUAACAUUUUUAAUCAUUAAGUACUAUCACUUUUUUCUAAAUCACUAACAUUAGGAUAAGUCUAUGGGUAUGCUUGAAUUUAAUUUGUGAUAGUAUUUAACGAUUAAUGAAGAGAUAUUGAAUAUAUUUUUUAAUGAUUUAAUUCAUAUUUCUAUUGGUUUAGAUUAUUUCCGAUACUAAACAGUCGGUGGAUCUUUAUCACCAACUUACGUAUUAUUGUAAAACGCGAAUAAUAUAUUAUUUUGUAAUAUAACCAUUAUCUCAUAUAUGUGUAUAAAAGCUAUAUUUUCUUAAUUCUUGCAUUUUCUACUAUUUUUUUGUAUUAUUUGUCUUCGAAUAUCUGACAACAUUGCGACUGAAAUGAUUCCUGGAUAUUUAGAUGGAUUUAUAAAUAUACAAUAUAUAUAUAUAUAUAUAUUUGAAGAAUUGGGAAUGGGGAAGCUGGGUUGGAGAAAUCAUAUGUAUACGGCAAUCGACACCGAUGGACUAGUUGUAUCGAUUUUAAAGCUUGAUACUUUAUGCAUUAGCUUAAACGAAAUAUUCGAGCGCUUUUUUCUCUUAAUUGUUAAUUAAUUACUAUCUUCGAAGUUAGUGUGUUAUUAGAAGAAAUAUAUUGCUAGCCAAAUUCAUGACACCUAGUCCAUUCCUGUCUGUCCGAAAAACUACCGUAUAAUAAUGUUAAUUAAUUUCAGUAACGAAGCGAUCCUUCAAUUAUGUCACGAAUGAAUUGUCAUUUAAUCAUGAGAAUGUUUGGCAAUAUAUAAAUAUACAUAUAUAUUAUUUAAAUAAAGUAAUUAGAAUUAUUUUUAUGAUUAUCGCUAUUAUCGUCGUCGAGCGAUGUACAAUACUGAUUCUCGUAUACAUCGCAAAUUAUUAUAUUCUUUAUUGACGUUCUCCUUUUACUACAAUCGUAUAUUUUUUGUUAUUACAAAGAGAGAUUUAAUAUUAUUAUCUCAAAAAUAACGCUCUCUGCUAAGUAUACCGAAAUUUCAAUCAUUGAAUUUUGAACUGUUGAAACAUUUUAUCAUUAUAAACCAUUAAAUCAACCGUCUUAAAAAGAUUAUUAUCUGUAGUACUUUAUAUAUAUAACCCUCUUUACCCUCGAUCACUUUAUUUUUGCUUUAUUUUAACGAGUUUCUUAUCCUGGUUUCUUUAUUUGCUCCCUUUCAGACUCAUCUGUAGACAAGUGAACGGAGAUAGUUGUAGAAAAAGCGAAAAGAGAGCGAGAAAAAUGAUUGCGGGACACAAAUAUGACUGGCCUGACGGGCAGUUGGUGCAUUUAUAGAAAUCUCUGGAAUUAAUGUAUGAAAAAAGCAUUAAUAUUAAGUUUGUUGUAAGUCUAAACACGUAGCAAAUAAGUAAAGUGUGCUCGGAAUUGACAGAGUGCUAUCGAUAUAUCCCUUUUACACCGAGAGAAAAAUUAGUUCGAUUUUAUAUUUCAUUUAGAAUUUUUGCAAAAUGACUAAAAAUGAUAGAAACAAAAUUAAAAUUAAGGAAUCAUGUUUCAAUUUGGGCAAUUAUGAAUUAUAAUAACAAUUAUAUUUGCUGAAGAAAAAAUAUUUUCCUCUCGGGUGUCUUUUUUUAAAGAUCUGUUAUCUGUAAAAUCUCCCCUUCCCCCGCAAGAAAAUUCUUAUUUAUGUAUUUAAAACUAUUAUAAUUUAAUAUAAUUGUUCUCAAAGUUAACAAUUAUAUUAUAAAUUAUAAAUAUUUAAUGUAGUACGAAUCUCAAAAUUUUCAGAAAUAUUUUAGAAGAUAUUUCUUUCAGAUACAUAUCACGCAUAUAUAAUUUCGUAAUAAUAAUUGAGACAAUUACACUUGUUCAUACAUCUUUUGUCAGAUUUUUGUCAGGGAGAAUUUCAAAAUAUGUUUUUCAACUCGAUUGCUUCGCUGCUGCUUUCGGCAACGAGUGCAUUACGAUUAAGUUAUUUAUUUUUUUCUGCUACCCGUUACUGCCUCGUAUAUCAAUUAAGAUAUUAUUCCGUGGCUAUUAAGUACAUGCAACGGGCACUUCCGCAAAUCUAUUUGCGGAUACUGCACACUUUCAUAUAUGUACUGUCUGUGCAUAUAGACUCUCUAAAGAUCUUCCAUUCAAAUCUCUUUCUUUAUCCUUACAGUUUCGAAAUAAUAUAAUAAUUAUAAAAUUGUGAGUAUAAACGGUCGAGCAGCGGUGUUUUACUUACACAUUAUUUUAUUAAAGUGUAUGUGUGUCCUGAUUGCGGAAAAUAAUUUGUCAUUCGAUAGCGUGCGCGUUUAAAUGUGUUUAAGUUUAAUACAUAGUGGAUGUCUUCCGGGAAAUACAUCCGCGAAACGUGAAUGAGCAGAGAUCGUAAGUGCUGAGAUAUAAAUUGCAGUGGAAGGUGUUAGCGGUAACUAGCAAUUACCUCAAUUGAUCUUGGCAUAGAUAUUUUAAUAUGAGACUUGCCUCAAUUGCCACGAGUUAAUUGUUCUAACAGGCGCAAGUUUCUGUUUCUGUGUGCGUAUCUCUGCCAUUGAAACUAUCGAAUUCGUCGCGAUAAUUGCAUUAUCAUUCCAUAUGCGUAAAUACGCUGUCUCGAAAUUCUUGCAUAAUUCUUGUACAUUCUUGUAUAAAUCUGAGCAUUCUCGAUCUUAAAUCACCCGCAAUUUAGCAAAUUGUCGUGUACGAUAAUGAAGUGUUAAUAUUAAUAAGAAUUCUGUGUACAUAUAAUUGCUGUAAAAAAAAAAAAAAAAAA